CGGCGCAUGAACUAAAAUAUGACGCCCAAAGAGAGAUCCAAUAAAAUCCAGGAAUUAUUAUGGAGACAAACAAGGAUGUCCAUCCCGAACUUAGGUCUCAAUAUCCUCGCCAGCAAGAUUGACGAGACUACCAUGGGUGAAAGUGAAAUCUCAUUCAUGACUGCCAACGAAGGCUAUACAACGCUCCAAGAAUGUCCGAAUGAACCCCACGCUCUGCGCCGUCUGUUAAAUUCCUCUGGGUUCCUUCUGAACCUCGGAAAUGAGACAAGCUGAUGUGUCGUUUCUCCUUUGAUCUUCUCGUAUUGUGUAUGCUCAUAUAAUUGAGUUUUUUGAAAGCUCCUCGUUACCAAAUUCACGACAACAUGGAAGAGAUAGUGGUUCGACCAAAACUUACCUCGGAUGAAGAUGAGGCGAUGCGCGCGUUCGAGGACGGGCGGGACCUUAACGAGCGAGAUAUAGAUGAUACGACAAACGUCCGCUUGUUAAAGAUUAUUGAUAGGAACAUGUUACCGUUACUAUGUUUGAUCUAUGGCCUCAACUUCGUGGACAAGACUACGCUGUCAUAUGCUAGCGUGAUGGGUCUGCAGACAGACCUCAAUCUCAAGGAUAAUGAGUACCAGUGGCUUGGGAGCAUAUUCUACUUCGGCUACCUUAUUGUCGAAUACCCUAGUAGCUACCUGAUGCAACGGUACCCAUUGGCAAAAUAUUCAUCAUUCAAUAUUAUCCUCUGGGGAGUGACGCUUACAUGCUUCGCUGCCGUAAACAACUUUGCCGGCGCUGCCGCCGUCCGGUUUUUCCUCGGAGUCUUUGAAGCAGUAGUCACACCGGGGUUCACGUUCAUAACCUCGCAGUGGUAUACAAAGCAUGAGCAGAGUGCUCGAAUCGGCAUCUGGUUCAGCUUUAACGGCGUCGCCAACGUCGUCGGGGGCCUAAUUGCAUACGGAAUAACCCGCGGCGUGGAGCAACACGGAGCGUCCAUAGUGCCAUGGCGCAUUCUAUUCUUGUCCUUUGGUCUCUUCACCGUAGCCGUCGGCGUGGUAUUCCUAUACUACAUCCCUGAUAACCAGUGGAACAGUCGAUUCCUCAGCCCAGAGGACCGGGUCCUAGCCGUACAACGCAUCCGCGGGAACCAACAGGGAAUCGGAAACAAACAGUUUAAAUUGUACCAGUUGAAGGAAGCACUGACAGACCCUAUAACGUGGGCGUUUGCCUUCUUCGGAAUUGCCGUGAACAUCCCCUUCGGGGGUAUCACUACAUUCUUCUCCCAGAUUAUCCGCAACUCCGGGUAUACUUCGCAGCAGAGUUUGCUGUACGCCACGCCUGGCGGGGCUUUUCAGAUCAUUGUUGUAAUACUGAACGGAAUUUUCAGCGACCGCCUUCAACAGCGCAUCUAUGUCAGCUUCGUGGGCAUGAUCAUUGGCCUUCUUGGUGCCAUUCUCCUGGCCGCGUUGCCGUUGAGUAACAGCCCGGGCCGGCUCGCUGCUUACUAUCUCACACAAGCCAGUCCGACUGCAUUUAUCGCGCUGCUGUCCUUCAUUUCAACUAAUGUAGCUGGUGCAACUAAGAAGACCACUGUAGCAGCGAUUUAUAUGGUUGCCUAUUGCGUGGGGAAUAUCAUAGGACCUCAAACCUUCCAGCCAGGCGAUGCCCCACGUUAUGUUCCGGCGGAGAUUGGCAUCUGCUGCUGCUGGGGAGCAUGCUUGCUUGAUUUGCUGGUGAUCAGAUACAUAUAUUGUAAACGGAACGCCGAAAAGCAAAGGGUACGGUUUGCACCAGGAUACGAGAAACCGGAAAGGUCCGAGUUCAAAGACUUGACAGAUCGUGAGAAUCCGGAAUUGAUUUACGCAGUUUAG